CCAAACAUUACAUCCAGACAGUUGUAGUUACACAACUUUGUCACUAGAUGGCAGAAGUCUAUUGUAUGAAGUUGCAGACAGACAGUCGUUUGUUUACACUUGUUGCAAUGGCGACCAUCACUGAACUGAAGUGUGCCGUGAGGGAAACACUGGAGUCCCGUGGUGUGCUGGGCCAGCUGAAGGCUCGUAUCCGGGCAGAGGUGUUCAGCGCCCUGGAUGACCAGCGUGAACCUCGUCCGCCGCUGUCUCACGAAAACCUGCUCAUCAACGAGCUCAUCCGGGAGUACCUGGACUUCAACAAGUACAGAUACACUGCGUCGGUCCUGACAGCAGAGUCAGGCCAACCUGAAGUUCCCUUGGACAGACAGUUCCUGGCGAAUGAACUGAAAGUCACAGAGGAUACGAGCUCCAAGUCUGUACCACUUCUCUAUGGCUUGCUGUGCCACUUCAUGAACAGCAGUGAUAACGGUGGAAAGGUGUUUCUGCGGGGGGGCUCUCUGCCUGUUGGUGCUACUGCCAGCAACACUGUACCUGGACCUGAUGCCUAAAAGUAGAUGCACUGAGUUCUGGCACAGCAUGGACUAAAAGGAUGUCUUCACACAAUGUUUUGGGAGGAUAUAAGUGACAUAAUCUUCAAUAGUGCAAUCUGCGGACAUUGCAGCAUGGACUACAUGAAUUCUGCUCAUAGAAAUGCACAAAUCCUUUGUAUUGUAUUGUAUCUAUUGUAAUAUCUGGUUUUCCCGAUACCGUUAGCAUCAGUCGUGGUGGUACGGCUUGCAUUCAUCCAUAUUGCUAGUUCAGAUACCAUUCCUUGACGUCUUCUCUAUUUUAAUUUACAAACGUUUGAUCAUUUUAUAUUGUCUUUAAGUUGUUCAAAAAUAAAUGUUUUAUAUUUAUUCACUUCA